GUGUGGCCAACUAGUGGCGGUCGCGCUGGUCGAGGUUCGCUCAGUUGGCGGGGAUUCGACACCGGAACCGAAUUGCUUUAAAUGAACUGUCGCCGGUGCUGAGAGAGCACUGGCUGUCGUCCUGUCCAUUGUCUGUCCUGCAACCUAAUUCCCAUGAAGUUCGCAAAGGUCUUCCAGCAGCUCCUCGACGAAGAGGACCUGCCGCAGGAGUGGGUGGCCGCCGCUAUCCAGUACAAGGCGCUGAAAAAGUGCAUCAACAAAGUCGUCACCGAGCUCGAGGAUCUCGGUCUCGAGAAGGACACGCUUCAGCUGCUGCUUGCGUACGAGAAAGCCCAGCGCGAUGCCUCGGGCGCGGCCAAACCGAAGCUCGUCUACUCGUUCGAGGGCACCGCGACCGAGUUCGUGCCAAAGAUCACCAUCCUGCUCAAUCGCGAGUCGGGCUUACCGCUCGAUGCGCACAUCUCGCCUGAUACCAGGGCCCGUCUCGAGCGGCUUGUUCAGCGUGCGCGGCAAAAGGCUGCCUCGAACGUCGACGCCCGAUCUGUGACUUCAGACGAGUCUGACGGGAGCUCUGAGGACAACAUCUACAUAUCUGAGGACUCUGACGUCCUUCCUAAUCUUUCAAGCGACUGCCUCACGCCUGUUAUCGAUAACGACUCUUUGACGGCGAUUGAGGGUGUCGCUUCCACCCGCACAUCCUUUUCAUCCGAGCACAGGUGUUCCCGGGACUUUCAUUCAAUCAUCUCCCCUGAUCGGUCUCCUAGUCUGUCGCCCAGCGACACUGACAGACUGGUGGCUCCAGUUUCCGCCUCGACUCCAGAUCUCACACCUUCUUCUACCGCCACAGGCAGCGAGAUUUCGGCAGCGUCAAUAGGAACGUUCCCCGAAAAGAUCGAAAUACAUUUACACUCUGACUCGGAGUUCUUCCACAUGCUCACCUCCGAGCUCGCGGCGCUGGACAGUCUUCAGCAGGAGCAGACAAAGAACAUGACGGAGCAAGUGCACGAUCUAGCUCGGAAGCUGCCGCACGUUGCGUCUCCGCUGAAUAAGAAAAAUGAUCUCUACGUUUGGCGGGAGAUAUUCCGGCUUUACCUGGACGCUGGAGUUUUCUUUUCAAGUCUGGAACAGGAUCAUGGUGACCGCAGCGUUGAUAGGGCAAAGGAGCAGCUGCUUUGGUUUACGAACCAGGUCAAGGCGAUGAAUCUUGAGAAACGAUUCAAGAUGAAGGAGAGCAAGGAGAUUUUCGAAGGGUUCUGGAAACUCAACAUCUCGAUUCUGCAAUCCCUUCAAUUCCAGAACCUGAACCAGACUGCCACGACCAAGAUUCUGAAGAAGUUUGAUAAGCAGACUGCGUUGACUACACGCGACGUGUUCCCAAGCUUUUAUUUCAAUCAGACGUCGACCGGCGAAAGCACUUCGAUUGCGCGAUCGGUCUGUUUCACCAUGGCCGAGACUCUUAUGAGCGUCAUUCCCCAGCUGGACGACUACGUCUGUCCAGUUUGUUAUCUGAUUGCUUAUCGUCCUAUCCGAUUAAACUGUGGCCAUGUGUUUUGCAUCCGCUGCCUCAUCAAGCUGCAGAGACAAGUCAAGGACGAAUGUCCCAUCUGUCGACAGCACGUCGUGUUGGAAGCUGAUGGGUAUAAUGUCGACUACGCUCUGCAAAACCAGAUGAAGCUUUACUUUCCCAAAGAAGUUAAGCUGAAGCUGGCUGCUGCUCAAAAGGAGAUUGUCCAAGAGCAGUUUCAUUUGGGCGAGCAGAAGGAAAUACGGUGUGUUAUUCAGUAACACUUUUAUUUUUCUUCUGUUUCCAUUUAUCUUUCUAUUUACUUUGUUUUGUUCGGUCUUGGAUACAUAAAAUUGGCUUUUUUUUGUUCUUGGUGCUUCGUUCGG